UAUUAGCUUAUCAAUUGAAUCGGUCUCUUCAAGUCUUUUCCCUAUUCCAAAAACUAACGAUUUUAUGGAUGAUACAGAAGAUGAACAAAAUUUAAAUGUUGAAAAUACAGAAUGCCAAAAAUUUCCAAUUUGGUUUUCCCAUUUUAUUUCGCUUUUGCCCGGAGAAGAAAAAACUGAUUGGGAUUGGAUUUUUAAACCUUUCCCUUCUCAAGAAGAUUUUAUCGCUUUAUUUAGUGGAUUGGAAGGGGAACGAAGACAGGCAAGAAUUGAUAUACCUGUUGAACAGCGUUGGAAAAAGCCUAAAGUUGCUGAUCUUGGAUGGGAACUUAAUUUGAUGGGUGAUUUUUUAAAAAAUUUAUUUAUUGAUUUUAAAAUAUGGGAAAACUCGGGGGAGCCCUAA